AUAGAUUGUGAAGUGCCUCACCUGAUUUAAUUUGAUAUGUGUAAAGAAGGCAAUCCCGGCUUUCCAAUGGUAACAAUAGCUUCUAAUGAAAUGGAACAAUUAAGAACGGAUGUUAAAGAAACAAAUCGACCAGAAUUGGUUGGAGCUUUGGAUAUUAAUAUUUAUGCAACCAAGAAAACUAUAGCUCAAGGAAUGCUCGAUGUAGCAUUAUUAACUGCCAAUGCAUCACAAUUAAAAUACAUUUUACAAUUAGGACAUCAACACGAGUUCUACUUUCUUAUGGUUACUCUUAUAAGUAUGUCUUUGGUUCUCCAGAUCACAGUUGGUUCAUUAAUCCUCGCAAGAAGUAGAUAUGAUUUGAAUAAUGUGAAAGAUCAUAGUAGAGCCAACGUCCUCAAUAAUUCAAUUGUUUGGCUUGUUUUCGGGAUCACCGUGAUAAAUGUAUUUAUAGCGGCAUUUGGUAUCGAUCCUGGUAUGGAAACAAGAAAGGCAAUAAGGUUACAGGCAUCAGUAACACCAUCAUUUAUUGACAAUCAAACGAUAAGCCAAUUUAAUAAUGAUUCCGUCCCAAAUAAUUUCACUUCUAGUCAUGAUUAGCUGCUGUUGCUCCAUCUGAAUCUUUAUUUUCAACUUCAAAUCAGGUAUUCACUCAAAUUUACACGUAUGUUCGAUUUAACAGCACACUGGAUUAUUGUUGAAAAAAAUUACGAUAGAUGCCAAGUUGACAAUCAUAAAUUAUUAAA